GUCCAACUUCUAGGACGUCCUCUACCAUGCAAUCGGUUUUUCCCGAGAGAUUUUUUAUCCAGCAAACCAAAAAGCCCAGGUCCGAACUUAACAGUAGAAUCCGCAUUUGCUGCGCUUGGACUUGAUGUGAAUAGUUCACCAGAGCAAUGCCGUGAAUCCUACCUGCGGUUGGCUAAAAAGUUACAUCCAGAUUCCUCUGUCUGUUCGUCAGGUGCUUCCAAAGGAAAAGAUGGAUAUGAAAGCAAGGCAUCAGCUGCAUUCCAGCACCUUCAUGAAGCCUAUUUGAUCGCCUACGAGGCAGCCACAAGUGUACGAAAUCAAAAACUGCCUAACCAGGAUACGCAAUUUGACGUCGAUGAAUCUGUCGUACGGCAUCGUGCACCUCAGCAUCGUCAGUAUCUGGAAACUGACUCCGCGAACCUGGGUACUGCCGUAGUCAGUGGCAUGACUCCAAGCGAACGGCAGAAACAGUUACAGACACAGCGCUUUGUACGAGGUGUUUAUGCGAGCGCUGAUUACCGUCUUCAACGACUGAGCGAAUCAAUGGUCUGUCCGGAUUCAGACGAAACAACCGAACUAACACCAGUCACCAGAAGGCCCACCAAGAAGAAACCACUCAGUUUGAUCGAACGAAUGGCCGACGAGUUGAUCGAGGAAUCGAUGCGGCGUGGUGAUUUCGACAAUCUCCAAGGUCACGGUCGGCCGCUUCCCGAACAUCCGUCACACCACGAGAUAUUCGUUGAUCACUCCACGCACAAGCUCACUCGAAUUUUGGCCAAUCAAGGUUAUCUACCAGAAUGGAUUCAACAAGGAAAAGAGCUGCGUACACAGUGGGAAAAUUCAAUUGCUAAGCUCCGAAAGCUGUAUUCCCAGAUUGACAGUCCGCACACCAAUAUGUUGUGGAAGAAAGCGGUUUUGGAAUUUCAAGAAGAGGCGAAGAGAAUCAACCGUUCCAUCGAUCGAUAUAACUUGAUGGUACCUGCGCUCCACCUGCAACGUUGUCAUGUCGACGCUUCUACUAUCGUACAGGAGAUACUAAAGUCCAAGGAAACAAACGUAGAUGAUACGAUCAAAGAGUCGUCGGACAGCGCACCAACCAGGAGCAGUGUGGAUGAUGAAGAUGAAGGACUAGGUUCGAAUAACAACAACACCGGCGACAUUAGUGAUAAAAAUAUAUGGGACCCGCGUUACAUAGGCGAGCUGAUGCGAGACUUUUAUCGUGAACUGGCUAAGGCUUUUGUGAGUUCCCUGCGAGGCUUUAAAAACCAUCGAUAACCCAAAGCCUUGGCGGAUUUUGUACCUGCAGUCUAAUCUGUUAUGCAUAAUUACUUUUUUCAGUGAGCC